AUGUUUUUUUAUGAAAUUCGAUCCAAGUUCAGAAGACUGGUGAUACAUUUCUACCAUCACAAGAACAAAUACGGUGACGUUUGUUUUGAGCCACAAAAUCUGAAUUCGACGGUUAGAGAGUUUGAGGUGGCACAACUGGAAGACGGUAUAUUCGAUCUUUACUUGGAUUCGGGGUCUGAAUCUGAGGAUUUGCGUGAGGCCCUACAAGAAUUUGACGAUGGACAUCUGUUCCAUCGGCACCUACAACAAGACAAUCUUUGCGAGUGCUGUUGCCACCAAAGCGAAUAUCCAAACGACUCAAACGACCAGAAUUCUACUCCUUUGGCAUCCAGAGAGCCUUUGGAUCUUCCCAUACUCAACUUUUUGAGAUUGGCCAAACACGGACUUAGCUCACAACCCACUACCGGGGGCUUACAAGGAAAUAUUUCCCACGAGACGCAGAAUCAGGGCGGAAUCAUGGAAGACAAAGAGAAUAACCCUCCAUUUUCGAGAAAGCAGAGGGCUCCGUCUGAGAGUCCGUUUGCUGCUGAAUCAGCUCAGAUCAGGAAGGGGAGGACUAAAUCGCCAUGUCUCAGACGCAUGAACGAUGCGUCGCUUAACGCCGCUCUGGUGUCCAGUGGGCAUCAGCCAAAGAGAAUAGCCUCUACAUACUCUUCGGAUUUUACCAUGAUUACAAACGAGAAUGCCGGGCACGAAAAGGAGGGUAUUCACCCAUUGAAUACUCAGACAAUUGAAGAAAUUCAAACCGCGCAGAUCGAAGCCACCAGUUCUCCGGCUUUCGAUGGGAGUGUUUCUAAAUCUGAAACAUACGAAGCUUAA